AUGCUCAGAUCGUUGAAUUCGUCUCCCAUGUUCAGGUUCAUAUCCGCACGCCAAAAUUCCACUUUGGUGCAGCUUUCUCAGGCGAUCAAGACCACCAGUGCCAACAAGGCAACUAAAACAAAUAAAGACUCGAAGGACAAAAGCGUAAUUUCCGAUGUAGACCACUUACUUUUAUCAUUUGAAGACACUCUCAAGACCAACAAUGGCAAUGCAUCAUCUUCAUCCCCUUCCACCCCAGGGUCUUCGAAAUUCACAUCUUCAGAUUUUCGUGCCAGAAGCUCCAACUACUUAUUGCAGCAACCUGCUCCACACCCAAGAGAUGUAGCCAAAAACGUUCGCAUGUUUGGUCCACUCGCUGGCCGUACUUUAGACGUGCGCAUGGGCCAAAACGUAGGAAAUAUUGUAGGUGGAUUAGCCACAUUGGUCCGUACCAAUAAGGUCAGAUUCUUAAAAACAGAGCAGGCCCGUUUCAUAGGGAAGGCCAAGCUUCAAAAGCAAAAGCAUAGACAAUGGUGGAGGCGUAAUUUCUCUGCUGGGUUCAAAGAGUUGAUGAGCCAGGUGAGGGAUGCGAAAAGAAGAGGUUACUAG